AAGAGUGAUGACGUGCUCCUGACUAACCUUUUCUUAAUUACCCUUCCUACAUUGGUAUCUUUCUGGCGUCGCAAAGAACUAUUCCCGGGCAAGGUGUUUCCCUUCGCCGAGUGACGCAGACAAACGCGAGGUGAUUCAGUUCUCAUACAGGCCGAUGGUCGUCCCGAGGUGAUGGCACAGUGACAUCACCGCCCGGAAGGCCGGGGCGCCCUGCCUCGCCUCUCGUAUCCGCCCCGUCAUCACACGCUCUCGGGGCUGUAAGUGGAUAACGAAUUGUGAUUAAUAAGAUAUGUAUCCCGCGGAGCGAUAGCGCGGGGCCACAACCGUCGUACCUCUGGCGCCCCGCUGCGAGUGGCGCGCAGCGGGAGGAGCAGAGACAGAGGCUUCAGUCCACAGCCGCCCCUCGCUGCCGCCCCGAGGCCUCUCGCUCCCUGGCAGCCUUGUUUUACAUAGUUUGUUGUCUUGUGUCUCCGACCUUUGGUGCCUCGCUCAACAGGACGUGGGAUUGUCCGAGCCCUGUACAGCCAGCAACCCCCCAGCAGUGUUGACGCGCCUCGUGCCAGCGACAUGGCCUGACGGGGCGCCGGGACUCCUGCGUGUCUUUGGUGGUGUUAAUAGUGUACGUGUGCGUGUUUUUAGCUGCAACAUGAAGCGUGUAGCCACGACUGCAACAUGGAAGUAGCAGGGCGAGCAGCGGCGGCACUGGAGCCAUGCUGAUGGCCGCGGUGGUGCCUCGCGACACGGUGGUCACGUACAAGCCGCCUCGGGGCACCAAGGUCAACCUCAGCACUGCCAACCACGUGGCGCUGGCUGACACAGGCAGCGUGCGUUUGGUGAAGGGUGACCUUGGCCCCGAGGAGGAACGCUCCCUCUCCCUCCCCACCCGAGGCCGACACAAGGCCCCUCUCAUCCAAAAUGGCUCGGCGAUCACCAGCCACCUCAUCACUGCCGAGCUCAACCAGUGCACGGGCUCCCUCUCCAGCCUGUGCCACACACCCAGCAAUGGCGUCGUGCCCCACAUGGCCCGGCCGGCCUUCACCAGGUCGGCCACUAUCCGUUCGGCCAACGGCCCCCUGAGAUCCAGUAGCAUCGGCGGAGCCCUCGACAGGCCGUCCAGCCCCUGCAAGCCGCAGCUGCCCUUCAGCAGAACGUCGAGUGCCGGCAGCGACACCAACGACUCGCGGCACAGCAGCACCCACAGCAUCGCCGCGGAUGACAUCAACGUGGCGAUACCCGUCGAGGAGGAGGAGGAGAAGGUGGAGGUGGAGGAGAGGCUCCUCAAGAAUCCGCGGGUGGUUAUGCUCAAGUCCAACAGCCUCACCUUCACGCCCGUCAUCGUGUCGCAGCAGCCGCCUCAGAGGGACCAGCACGGGUGCCAGCCGCGGGUCCUCAACCCGACGCCCGUCAACCUGCAGCAGCGCCGCUCGGGGCUAAGGGUGGACCCGCCGCGGCGAGCCUCCUACCGUGCUAACAAGACCGUCUCGUUCGACUGUGAAACACGGACAGAAACUUUUGAGACGGACCUAACAGAGUCUGAGAACGACGAGCGAGAGUUUGUGCACCUGAUGGGCCAUUACGAGCGGCGGCCUCAGGUGCGGCUGCCCAUGACCCACGACGACGAGUACUGUCCGCCGGGCAAGGAGGAGCAGGAUUUCCUCCCCAAGGUGCUGUGCUUCGCCCUCGCCCUCGUCAUCACCGGCGGCAUCCUGUACGGCCUCAACAUCAUCAUCUCCCGCAUGAACAUGAACCUUUUCUCCGGCUGAGGACGCGUGUCGAGGAUGAGGUUAUCACGGAGUCGCUGAAGGUGUUCGAGGGCCUGUAGUUCGCUGGGGGCGCGGCUGGUGAGGCUGAAGCGAAGGACAACGAGAGAGAAAACAAAGAGAAAGAAGAAGAGGAACGCGUCAAGGAAGAAGAACGCAAGAACGAAGAAGAGAAACAGAAACAACUCGAGAAGGAAAAGGAAAAGGAACUAGAAAAGGAAAAGGAAAUGGAAAGACAGAAGCAAAAGAAAAGCGAAGCUGAGAGCAAGGAAACAUCAAGCACGGGAGGUCUGCGGCCCGAGGUGGAAUCCCUCCUCGACCGCUCCCCCUCCCGCUGCAGGGUUACGUCACGCCUCCUGCCGCUCCCCUUACGGCCCCUUAUACUACAGGAAUACUCCACUGGUGACCCGGGAAGAACCAGAGGACACCAGCGAUCCACCCACUUCGAGACCCCGCAAGUGACAGUGAUACACACGCGUACAGACCCGAUUCAGUUCGUAAAUGCUCAAAACUUUUCUCACGAUGAAGUGGAGACCGAACUACAGUGUCACUCGCGUAGCUUUACUGAGAGCAGUAUUAACAGGCCUGCAGCCACGCCCCGCGCCCCCCGCCGGCACACCUCCCCCCUGCGUCCGUGGCUCCACCAGUGACGCCCCGCGACGCUGCCAGGACGGGGCAAGGAGGUGCAGGGGGGCGCGCUCGCAGGCCCUCCUCCCCCCGGCGUCCUCCUCCCCCCCCAGGGGCCGCCAGUAUACUGUAGCGUAGUCGUCGAGGUGUUACUGCAAGCACAAUGUCGCUCUGCUAUGCUCGCUUAGCGCUCAAGCGUUAGACUCGAGUCACGUCUGAAGUGAGCGUAAGUCUUAGGCUGACUUUAACAAUCAAUUUGUAUAAAGACAUACACAUAAUAUAAUACAUUUUAGUGUUUCGCCGAUUAAUUCUUUCUAGGUUUUUUCGAUAAGGUAGACUUAUGGUUUUCUCCUGUAUCUUUGUUUCUUUUCCGUAUGUCUUGUUUCAUCCGUCUUCAGGGUACCAUCAAAACUAAUCUGUAAUGUUGACCUCGUUGUCUGUUUUCUUCCGUGACGGCGAGGCGCGGUGCGAGGCGGCCCCGCCAGGCACGGGGCGCAACCUGCGGCCGGCGGGGCUGAAGGCGAUGCACCCCGGGGAAAAGGGGAAGAGAACUAGUGUGCUCUCUAUAUCUAUAUCUCCGUCUGUCUAUCGCAUCAUACCUGUUUUCUUUUUCUUUCAGUCACUUUCAACCAUUGUUGUCUCCUUGUUUCGCUCCUUUUUCCAUUCCUCUUCCUCUCCUCCAUUCUUCUUCGUUUCUCUGAUUUAUCUUCACCUUCACCCGGCCGGAGUGUCUCAGGUCUCUCCUCUUCCCGUUUUCUCCCUCCCCAGCAUGCUCCCCACCACACAAAUCCCCCGGCACGCCUCCCUUUCCACUCCUUAAGCAUGGACAUAACCCUUGCCCCCGCCGUGCCCUUCCCUGCCUCCCUCCACCCACCCUUUGACACACUCGGGAGGUAGUUUGUGCCGAGCCGUGUCUUGCCAGGAUGAGGCCGCUGGAGGUCAACAUACGAGGGAUAACUUCACUAGUACUCACUCGCUCGCCUUCAGUCUCUCCAGGGUAUACAUAGGGAAAGGUUGUGGCGGCGCGCAGCUUCUUUGGUAGGCAAGAUGGUGGCUGUGGUGAGAAUAAGCAGUAAAAGGUGUGGUGUUAGGUGGGUGAUGGUGUGUGGGGGUGUGAGUGUGGUACUGUUGGCGGCGUGUGGGCUGGUGGGAUUGUAUUGGUACUGAUUCAGUGUUCAGUGGGAGAAGGAAAUGAGUGUUUCCUGGGUGGGUCUUACUUACGUGGUGAGGUUCUGGCGGUGCCCGUAUGGUCGUGAGGAAUGAAGACACCCAGAAUAUUGUCUCCCGAGCUGCCGCGAGUCAUCGCUGUUCACUUGUCCCAUCUCCUGUCCGCCGCCACUCAGCCGCGACUGUACCGACAAGGAGGGGCGGACGAGUCACCGCCGCCGCCUGCCCCGGGAGCUGCGCACCACCACAAGAACUUUGUGUUUCAGAUUCAUCAGCUCUUUAAAGCAAUAUGUUUUGCGAUAGAAUGUUAGCAUUCAGGGUAUUUAACAUUCUGCUAUGAUAAGGUAGCUAUUCUAGCUAUAGACGACAGCAGUUUAUGGAAGUCAAUAAGUCGCUUAAAAUUAAGUCCCAUUCCCAAUGAGGAAUUCCCUAGAGUUUUAAUUCUUUUAGGCAAUAAUUAAACGUAGAAAUCCGAUGCUUAUAGGUAAGUACACCAACAAGAAUAACUAUAAAGCGGCAGUUCUAGAGCUUGUGUAGCCGUUAGCCAACACAAAGACGAUACCUGAAGUUUACUUGUAAACUUAUAAAUGUUACGAAAGGAAGUUAUCGUUCUUCGCUCUUUCACUGCUCGGCGAGCGGUCCUCAAUGAGGGCCGCUCGCCGCCCGUUAGUGCGUCGUUGUGUGUGCAAGGCGUCGUGUGAGUGUCUGCCAAAACGAGGUCACCCCAACAGUGGCGUGGGCUUCCCGCAAGCUGUGUCUUCCCUUGAGUAAUACCUCCACUGCGGGCCCUUCACUCCUCACCGCCCCGCGUCACCCUGCUAGUCGAGGAGACAAUUCUUAAGUCUUCCUAGAUGUUAGUCAGCUAGUGACUCCUGUGUUUCCAGUAACAAUGUCUGAAAUACGGUGCUGCUCUUCCUCGGGGACAACAAAGCCAUGCACGGUACUCGGCCGCGGGGACCUGCCGGCCGCUGCCUCGUAGCUGCGACGCCUCCAGCUCCCCGUCCGACGCCGCCUGUCCCGGGGGGCAUCGAGGAGGGUCUUGGCGGCGGCAGCAGCAGCAGCAGCAACAACAGCAACAACAACAACAACAGACCCGAGCGGCGCCCUCAUCAUAACAGAACCACCCCAUGCGGAAGUUCAGUCGAUUGGCAAACAUUCAUGUGUUCUCUGCAUCACUUUCAAGGGAAGACACAGAGAAACCAACUGCUCAAAAUCAAAGGAAGAAGAAAUUGAGGCGAUGAUGGUUCAACAUAAUCAAAACAAAACCGAGGCAGAGACUGACUGUCGUAGGAUUCUGUUCAGUUCUGUUAUUGUAACUUCUAAGUCGGCCUCAGCCAGCCAGCCACCGGUCACGUGACGUGUGCCGGAGCCAACAUCAGGUCGAAGUUAUUUUCUUUAUUCUCGAACUGUGUUAAGGAAAUCAUUAUGGCAUUAUCACAUCAUCACUGUGGUGUUUUGAGCCACUGCAAUAAACCUCUUGGGGAUGUUGACGCCUUUUUGUUACUCACUUUCUUCGCGCUGUUGUUCCCGCCGUGCGGGUCAAAGCUACUCGAUGGUUGUGACGAGUCGUGUUGUUAAUGUGGGCGGUCGGUCAGUUGGUCAGCGUGUUGUGUUGUUACUCUGGCGGUGGCGGCGAAGGAGGAGAAGGAGGAGGAACACCGCCAAGAGAUGUUACCAAGAAAGCAAUAACCGCCGCGGCCCAGGGUGACCUGCGGCCCGGCACCAAGACUGCGCCAGCACCGCGGCGUCCCGACAGCAGCUGGUCACGCCCUUCCUCCUUCAGACCCGAGCCAAGCCGUGGCUGAGGCGGCGGACUCGACUCCAACACUUGAAGAUACACUCUUCGGGAACUUACCUCACAGUUAAACACACACACACACACACACACACACACACACACACACACACACACACACACACACACACACACACACACACACACACACACACACACACACACACACACACACAACACCGCCUCAGGCCUCCCCUUCACACCAAGGCUGCAGGGGUCUGAGCCCCCCAGCCAACGGCGCCAAACUUCCUGGUCAUAGCGGACUGCCGGCAUUCCCCAAGGGUUUUAUAACCAAAUGAAAAAGUAUGUGUGUUUUAAUUUCCGUGUGAAGUCCUGGCGUUAUGGAAGCUGUUGGUUUGCUUCGAGUUUUUAUUCUUGGUUACCUACGUAUAUGCAUUAUCCUCGGCAAUAUCAGACAAUCUCGUUUUUUUUGUAACUCAUUGUAAAAAAAGGUCUAGUGUGUCUUGAAUGUCUCCCUGAGUCCUUCUUCCUUCAGCCGAGGGCGUGGCCGCGGGCGAGGCGUGGCUGCGGCGCGCCUCCGCCCCCCCCUCCCCCCCUCGCGUCUGCUCUUUGUAUUAAGGGCUGUGGAUGGUCAGUUGCUACUCUGUCAAGCUUCCAUUAUUCGGAAGAGUAUACUUCUAGUCCUCCCUGUGUGCACCUUUUUAUAGAGUUCCCAAUGUUCGUGUAUUUUUUACAUUUAGGACGUAUCUCGACUUCGUGUUACCAUUGCAAGUUUGUGUAAACAGUUGCCUCUUCGAUUCCACGAUGAGUUUUGAGAAUGAUUCAGAAAAAAAAGGAGCUGUGUUCAAGUAUGUCUUUUUCCACUGAGAUGAAAAGUUGCAUAACAUCGCUAUUGACGUGUGUGAGUGGUCAUGCAGCACUUGUUACUGACGGUCACAUCCUGGCGCGCCGGGCCCGGGGAGCGCCGCGGCCCGGCUGCACGCAGUCUGGCGCCUCAUGAUGUUGACACUUGCAGCUUUUUAUAUAUGAUACUGUGUUAAAUGUUACUAAUACUGACCCUACUCCUUCACCACACUGCAUAGUUUUCUCAUGGUGGUCUUUCAGACUAUUGUUUAAUACUGCUUCACUGAGGUUGCUUUACUCGACUUCGAAGUGUUCUAACAUAGGACGAUGUAAAACCAGUUCAUUCCCCGACGUGUUUGUAACAUCACUGUGUGGUUGUUGAUCUCUUUGUGUUAUUACCAGCAUGCGGAGGAAGCAGACUCGUGGAAGAGUAACUCAUCAGGAAGUUACUUCAAACGGCACGACGAGUGCAUCCACGGGGCAGGGCGGGUGGCGGGCGGGUGGCUGUGACGCUGCUCCUCAGUGGGCUCUUGUCCCAGGCCUGGCCGAUAUUGUUUUGAGGGCGUGGCCACAAGUUUAAGGACGCUGCCACCACCACGCAGUGUGUUAAUAGGCCACGCCUUGGGAGCACGAGCCGUGACGCAGAGCCCAGCACUCCACGGGCUCAGCCACCCAGUCAUUCCCCCUCACUCGCCACUGUUAACUCCUCCAGCCAUCCUUCCUUCCCAUACAUCCAAUAUAUGUGUCCCUUUGGUAGGCUAUCAUCGCCUGUUUGUUCUCAUAAUUCCAAUAAGUAAUCAUACCAGAAAAAAAGCUAUCGCGGCAGGUACUGACCUGAGGUUUGCAAAUGAAUCGGUCAAAAUAAUGUCGAUAAUGAGCACAAUGUGCGUCUUUGUCUUGACGACAGUUCAGUUUCACACCUCAAGCCAAUAUUCCAGGGUAUUUUUUUUACCCUGAUAUGUGAGUACUAAACGGAAUGAUGCGUACGAACUGGCGAAGAUACCCUGACUGAGGACAGUUCCUUCAGCGAGCCGAGUGGAGGCCUUGCCAUGUAACUGGACGUGACCUACCCCGGGCACGCCCUUCACGAGGACGGUGUGGAGGAACCGGCGCCGGUAACACUCUCGACCCAAUUUAUCCGUUUUCUGGAUAAUGAUAAGAACAAAGAGAGUCCGCAAUAUUGAAGGAAUGCUUUUCACCGUAGACAUGCAUUGCAGUCUUAGGCAAGUUAUGAUUUUCUACCUUGAUAUCCAUUACUGUUAUUCGCACACUGCCUUCGACUCUCCCCGCCGCUCCCGCCCCGCCAUUUGUCCUGCCGCGCGAGCCAUGCAGCCAAGCAGUCUGAACACCGGUCGGGGCCGCCAUGCAGUGGGUGAACGGUGAAAUCCAACUGUGUUUUCGCAGUUAUUAUUUAUUGUUAUUUUUUUAUUAGCUGAGUUGUACUGAUCAUUCUCUUCGCCCCUCGCCACGUUAUGCAGUGGUCGCCCUUUUUAUCCCCCUGACCCUUGCUGCCCCCCAUCCACCCCCCCACCCCAACCCCCUGCCAUGUUAUCAGUGGUCAUCCCUCCCCCUCAUUCACUUCCCAUCUCCCUCCCACCCCUCACUGCCUCGCUCCCUCCUCCCCCGCUCUACCUUUUUUUAACGUGUGUUCUGAGACGUGUGUAAAUAUGAAUGGUCAGCUGUAAAUAUUUGUUAUAUGAAAUUUUAUUCUACUCCGUUGAAGAAAAUUAUCAUAAAUUGUUCCGAAUAAAGCUCAUUAAGCAUA